AUGAGAUAUGUGAAAUUUGGUAUAAUUGGUACAGGUCCAUCAGGAUUAUAUUUGGGUAAAUAUUUGAGUAAAAAUAUAAAGAAUUGUAAAAUUGAUUUUUUUGAAAAAUCUAAACAACUUUUAGGAUUAUUUAAAAACGGUGUAGCACCUGAUAAAAUCAAUAUUAAAAAUAAUUCUUAUCAAUUAUUAAUUAAUCAUCAUUAUCGUUUUUUUACCAAUAUACAUAUUGGAAAAGAUUUGAAAUUAGAGAAAUUAUUGGAAUAUUAUAAUGCAAUAUUUAUAUGUUGUGGUUGUGAAGAUUGUAAUGAAUAUCAAAUAUUAAAUGAACAAAUUGGUGUCUUCAAUAGUUUAAAUCUUAUACACUUUUAUAAUCAUUUCCCAAUUAAUAAUACAAUUUAUCAUAAUUUACCCAUUUUUCAUAUUAACAAAUAUAAUACUACUACUGAAGAAAAUUAUAUUGCUGCACCUAAAGUAAGUACUACUGAGGGAAAGGGAGCUAAUUCUACCCUUACGGAGUGUACCUCGGGAAAGGGAGCUAAUUUUACAGCCACAGAGUGUACUGGUGAGAAAAAUCUGAAUGAAAUUGCUGCUGUAACUAAAACCAGGGAGUCGAGUACUUUUUCCUUGGAUAGUAAGGAUACUAAUUCUAAGGGUAUUACUACUGUAGGUACUACUAGUACUACUACUAUUGGACCAACCACCGUAACUGAAGAAAAUAAUAUUGCUGCACCUAAAGUACUUACUGGACCUGAAGGUACUAGGUUCGAAUCUCACUCCAGUAAUUCUACUACUGAGAGUACUAGUACUGUUGGAGCAAGCACCGUUACGGAGAAAAAUCCUACCAAACUUGCUGCUCCUAUUAUUACUCCUGUUUCUACAGUUACAAUAGAAGAAUAUAUGGAAUAUUUGAUAGGAUUAAAAAAAGUGAAUAUAUCAAUAAUUGGUAAUGGUAAUGUAAGUUUGGAUAUAAUUCGUAUGUUAACAAAAAGUGAAGAGGAAUUGGAAAAUUUAGAAAUAAAUCCAAAAUUUAAAUAUUUUAUAAAAAAUUUAAAUAUUAAUAAAAUUACAAUUUUUGGACGGAAUUCAUUAAUUAAUUCUAAAUUUACUAAUAAUGAAUUACAAUUAAUUUUCAAUAAUAAUUUUCAUAUACAACAUAAUUUACAAGAUAAUUUAAUAAAUUUAAUAAAUAAUUUAGAAAAUAAUAUAAAAAAUCGUAAAAUAAUAAAAAAAUUAAAAUUAUUUAAUUCAAUCAAUAAUUUAAAUACAAUUGAUCAAAAUUUGGAAGAUUUGGAAAAUAAUAAUUUAGAUUUGAAAAAAAAUAAAUGUAUAAUUGAUUUUAAAUUUAAUACAAAAAUUAUUAAAAUUAUUAAUAAUAAUAAUAUUAUUAAUUCUAUUCUAUAUACUCAUACUCAAGAAAAUCCUAAUACACAAUUUGCUGCUAAUAAUUCUACUAUAGAAAAUCUUAUUGCUGCCACUAGAGAAAAUCCUAUCGGACAAUUUGCUGCUCUUGAAGAAAAUCUUAAUGCUGCUACUGUAGAAAAUCCUAGUACUCAUAUUGCUGCUGUAAAAAAAUUGGAUAGUAAUAUAUUAAUAAAAUGUAUAGGAUAUAAUAAUAAGAGUAAUGUGGAAUUAAUAAAAUUAAUAGAUAAUAAAAGAAUAUUUGGAAAUGGUUGGAUAAUAAAUAAUUGUAAAGGUGAUUUAUCAAAUAUAAUUCUUAAUUCUAUACAACUUUCCAAUCAAAUUAAAAUUAUUUUUAAACAAUUUCAUUAUUUCAAUAAUGAUAUCUUAAAUUAUUUCAAAUUACAUCAUUUCAUUUAA